AUGGCACCACCAAAAUUUAAGUUACACAACAAUACUGGAAAGCUUCAAUCUAUUCCUCGUCCCAGAACCAUCCCAUCCGCGGAAAACGGAUUUUCUGUUGGCGAUGCACCGGAAGCAUCACCAUCUGAAGCCGAUCGGCAAUUCGAAGUUGAACUGUACUGGUGCAUCCAGCAACUAGAAUCAUCGCUCAAUCUGCCAAAUGUUCGUGAAAAUAACAAAAAAGUGGAGGAAACUUCCAAACUGAUCAACAAACUGAAAAGUGACUCGCAACCAAUCAUCCGUAAAAGGCAAAUUAUGAGAUCCACCUUUGGUGAUUACCGAAGUAAGAUGGCCUCCGAAGAGCAAACUUUGACUGUAAAUCCGGACAACGUACGGUUCGAAAAGCCGAAAGAGAAGACCCCAAAGUACCACUUUGUGAAGAAAUCGGCAAUUUCAAUCGGAGAAAACAACUUUAAGUUUAACUUCCCAGUGAACGUUAGCAACUCUGAAAACGCGGGAGCAGUCAAUGCUUCAUCAGCUGAGAAGCACGUUGAAGUGCAAAUUAUGCAUACGAAUGCAAACAAAAUUGUUCCGACGGGUAAUUUGUUUCGGUUUAAUUUUAAUAUUGAAUAG